AAAAGAAAACUGAAGAACCCCAAAAAUCCCAAGUGAAAACGUUAUCCACUUCGAGAGAGUGACACGUCACGAAGCAAAUCCAAAUUCAAAACCUUUCCAUAAAAAUCAAAUCACUUCUUCUUAUUACUUCCCCCAAAUCGAAAUCAGUCACUUAAAACCCUAAAUUAUGACGAUCGCACCGGCAUUGCAGACGACGUUCGUGUCAUCAACCAACUUCCUGAAACAUUCUUCUUCGUGGGGAUCACCAUCACCGAACAAUGUGAUUCUUCCCAAAAACAAGAGAUCUUCUUCCUCCGUAGUUGUCGCCGCCGUCGGUGAUGUCUCUUCUGACGGAACAAUCUACUUAAUCGGCGGAGCCAUCGCCGUUGCACUCGUCGGAACUGCAUUCCCGAUCCUCUUCAAACGCAAAGACACGUGUCCGGAAUGUGACGGAGCAGGAUUUGUGAGGAAAGGAGGAGUGACUCUGAGAGCCAACGCCGCACGGAAGGAUCUUCCUCAGAUCGUUUGUGCUAACUGCAAUGGACUCGGAAAGCUUAACCAGAUUGAUAAAUCAUAAGUCUUCUUCAUAUAUAUGUAAAAAGCUCCAUUUCUCAUUCCUCUUCUUCUCUACAAUAUACCUCUGCAAAAGUAGAUAGCUUGGAAUGAUCAAUGGUUGCUUGGAGAUGGGUGGAUAUAUAUAUAUAUAUAUAUAUAUACAAUUGCUUUUUUAUGUGUAAGUUUCUUUGCUUUCUUGUUCUGUAAGAAAUUGUCUGAGUAUUAUUGUAAGUUUUUAAGCAGUUAUAGACGAAGGUGCUCAGCUACCAAAAUAAAACGAACAAAAAAUAAAUUUAACUGCUGCAUAAGUAAUUAGAGAUGAACAUUUAAUGGCCAAUUAAUGACCCAACUGUCAUUGGCUUCUUACAUCACAUGCAUAUCAACUAAUCUUCAUUACGUGUCUAUUUCUGUGUUUUAUAAAUAACCUCGCCAGAAACGUUUUUAUAUUUUUUCAAGCAA